GGUCUGCGCUCUUACUCCCCUCACCACGCGGCUGGGCAGAGACUCCUGCUGAGCGUGAUGAAGGGUGAGCUGGGCCGCUCAGACAUGUACUGGGCACAUGCGCCCGUGAGUCGUGAGGAGAAGGCAAAUGUGGUGCUCAUCACUGACAAGCACAUCCUUGUGUUGGAAAAGUGCCGUCUGUGGGGCGGCUGGGACGUGGACUGGAAGGUGACAGUGGAGAGCCUACUGGGCGUGCCAGCCAUCGUGGAAGGGAACAAACUCAUCUUCAAGAUCAAAGAGGAUGAGUCCAGUCUGAACCUGUUCUCCAGCGGAGAGCGAGAGAUCCAGAGCACAGAGACAGACAUCUUGGAGUGGCUGCAGAGACAGGUGGAGCGCGUCAUCAAGUACACAGAGCAGUAACACGUGCGUGUAGAGCAGUAACAUGUGCGUGUAGAGCAGUAACAUGCACUUGCAUAGCGCAGGAGGACUGACGUAUUUUUACUGUACUGCGUCAUUCUUGGAUUGAUUCAUUGUGUUGCGGGGAAAUGAGUGUGUAGUGCAUUGGUGCAUUGAUGGGGUGUGUGUAGUGGGUUGGUGCGUUGGUUCUCUUUGUUAUGGGGAAAUAAAUGUGUGGUGUGUUAGUGCGCUCUGCUGCGCAUUGAUUCACUGUGUUAUGAGGCUAUGACUGUGAAGUGUGUCGUCAGUUCUCUAUAUAGUGUGCUGAUGGGCUCUUCCGAGCAUUGAGUCAUUGUGUUAUGGGAAAAUACAUGUGUAGUGUGUUAUGGGGAUAAGACUGCGAGGUGUGUCAUCAGUACUCUGUGCAGUGUGCUUCUCUUUGUUAUGAGAAAAUACAUGUGUAGUGUGUUGAUGCACACUGCUGCUCAUUGAUUCAUUUUGUUAUGGGAAAAUGAGACUGUUGUGUAGUAUGUCAGAAAGCUGUAUAGUGUGUAGGUUAAUGGACUGCGUAAUGUGUUGGUGCGUUGUGCCUCGUGUUGGUUCACAGAGUUGUGUGUUCUGUUACAGUAUCGUGCAGUGUGAGAAUACUCCGUGUAGUUAGUUGAUGGGUUGUGUUCCUCAUCACUGCUGACGUUAUACGACUCAAAACUUGUUACACAUCCAACCCUUCAAAACUUUUGUUUUGUUUGAUGAUACUACACAAGAGCCCUCCCCCCACCCCCGAAUGUCUCCUGUUUUUUUCCCCCUGACCCUGAUAUCUCGCAGUCCAUGUGAAAGGUGAAAAAAAAUGUGUUUUGUUCUCGUCUUGGGAAGGCAGAAGUAGAUUGAACAUCUGUGUCAUGGUGUAUGUGUCUCAUAAUACAAUUUUUCUCUGUGUUGAGAAUUAAGUUGGGACAUUUUGUUUUUCUCUUCACCAAAAAGGAAAACAUUUUUUUUUUAUUUGGAGAAAGCAAGUUUUUAUCUACUUACUAUUAAUUAAAGUAAAGUAUAGGAUGUUGACAGUGAUUAUUUUGUUGAUAUUGCAGUCAGAAAGCACAAAUAUGUAUACAGACAGGGCUGCAUGAAAUGAAAUUCAUGAUGUCCUUCACCAUCAGUCCAUUCCCCUGUGCAGUAAUAGUCAGCAACGUUUGAAGACUUCUGCUCUCAUUCACCUCACCUGACUCUAAGCUGACAGUUUAUGAUCCAAGAACAUCUCGAUUGACAACAGCAACACCAACUGUUGGUCUGGACACUUUUGAUGCCUCUAUAACUGCCUGACCCAGCCAAUGAUUUUUCUGUGAUGAUCAAUAGUCAGUUAAAUAGAAGGUUGUCAAGCAGUCUUUGACAGAGUCUUGUGUUCAGGGCUAUAACCCAAACCAUUUAACCAUUAUGAUGAGAGUAGUCAGAUGUUUUGGUGUCAGGAGCUCAGAGUUCAGGAGUUCAGAGUUCAAGAGACCAGGAUUUACAGUGUCGACUUUAUCCCCUCCUGUACUUUGUCUCUGGUCUGCAUCAUAAUUGAUGAUCUAUUAUGAACAUCUCAGACCACUUUUUUAGGGGAAAUUCCCGAUUUUUUAAAGAAGUUGUCUUCAGAAUUUGCAUAUUUUUUGUGAGUUUUUUGUGAGAGUUCUCAGAACGGAUGACAUUUCAUAUGAGAGAAUUAGAUCUACACGACUUCUUUUGUUUGUUCUCUGAAGUUUCUUCUCUCCAAACUCAAUGUGACCCCCGUCUAUGGAAUUGGAUUUUUCCUUUGGUUGUGUAGAUUUUCUUGUGUAUUAUGAAGUUGACGACAAGUUUGAUCAAGUGAAAAAUCAGAAAUACCUCAUUCUGUUUACUUCCAUACACGUUUAUUAUCACUCAAGAGUUUUCAUUUUUUUGUUGUGAGCGCAAAUUUUGUGAAAUAUGUUUUUUUCUUCUGCCAUAGUUUCAAUACAGACCAGUGAUUCCUGUAGUAUGUCUCACAUUUAUGUAGCAGCGUCAAGUGUAUGUGGAUGUACGUGUGUCGAGCACUUUAACUGCUUGAAUAAACACUUGUAAAUGGUCAUGAUAUACCAUAUAUAUAUAUAUGCUACUUCCCGACAAAAAUUCUAAUUACUUCUUUUUUUAAUCAUGUUGACUAAUUGUUGUGAAGUGAGCUGAGUCAUCAUUAUAUUUUGUUUACUUAAACCCUCAUGUGACUCUACAAUUUAAUGUAUUUGACUAAGAAAAUUUGUAUCUUUUUAGUCUUUGAUACUUCCUUGAAAAAGUAUUCAAACCUUUUGGGUUGCUCAAUUUAUUUACAGUUUGUGAAAGUCUUUUUUUAAAUUUUCCCUACCAUAAAAAGGUAUUAGUUCCAGUGUUCAAAUUGUGAAGGACUAAUUUAAGUCUUUUUCACUUAGUCAUUUUCCUCACUUUCAAAUUUGAUUGUUAUUUUGUUGCCAUUUUGGUUUUCACAUGUUUUUGUGGUUUUUCUGUACCAAAGAAUUUGAAACCUAAGUCA